AUGGCUCAUAAAGUUAUUCUCAAGAUGGCCGAUCCCGUGGCCGUUAUGCUCACCCGAGAGUUUAUCCCCGAAGAGAACCAUGCGGACCAGUUUGAUGCCGCGCUUUGCAAUCAGUUGGUUAUUGAAGAAUUUGUCCGCAGAAACGACGUGCUGUUUGGAGGCUAUUGGAUGGGGAUGAAGCUGUCUCUGCUCAGGCGGGGGUUAUUACACGCUAUGGGGUAUCAAAUUACGCUCGCCUCGCUCGUCGAUCCUGUCCUCGACUUGUGCCUAAGCCAUCAUGACCAGCUGCGAAACAAUGCCGUGCAAAUACUAUACUCAAUGAUUGUCUCAGAGUUCCAUGUCAGUGGACAUUUCGAUGACAUCGAACACCGACUUGUGAACAAGUUGGAUAAGCUCUACAUGUCAGAUACCAAAGGCGAUGACAUUUCCCGAUCAUUCUUUGUCGGACAACUCCGAGGUCUUUUCGACUCUUCCUCACUCGACCCAGUGCUACGAAGCCGCGUUGAGGAUUUCCUAGACUCUGUCAACCUCUUCCUCGACCUCCUUAUGAACGUACGAGAACUUCCGGACGGUGACGAGUACCAAGACGAUCGUGUGAUCGCUACUCUUCGACUCAUGAACUAUACUCGGAAGAUCGGCCGAGACGAAAUGUACAUCAAAUAUGUGCAUCAGCUGGUCAAUAUGCACCUCAAUAGCGAAAAUUAUGUCGAGGCGGCGCUGACGCUCAAGCUUCAUGCGGACCUCCACGAAUGGGACAUGCAUGCGAAAGAGUUGUAUUUGUUAAUCAUCGAGUACCUGAGCAAGGCUACUCAGCAUGCUGAGGUGUCCUUUGACUAUCGCCGGCUUGCAGAAAUUAUGGUUCAUCAAGCCGCUUUACUGGAGCAUAUUGUAACGGACCAACGGUACUACUCUGAAUAUUUCCGGGUAGCAUUCUAUGGCAUUUCCCAGCAGCCUUGCGUGACAAACAGUUCAUUUUUCACUCGUAGGUUUGUUCCCGAAGGCCAUACGCGAAGUAACGAUACUCGGGACGUGUGGACUGAAAAGACUGUCCUGACUACCGAAGAAAUAUUCCCGACGGUUCUAAGGCGUUCAUGCGUGAUGGACGUUGCCGUGACUCAACUCUCGCCUGUAGAGAAUGCGUUGCAAGAUGUUCGCCAAAAGACUUCCGAAUUGGCUGCACUAGCACACCGGUAUUCUGGCCUCGCCAAGUCGGGAGCUACCGUAUCGACAAAUGCACUCUCAAUGGCGCUGAACGCCGUGGUUGAUGCAGGCGCCGGUGGUAGUGUAACUUUGUUCCGAGAAGUCUUUAUGGGUGGAGACUAUCUUGCUAGCCAUCCUGAUAGCGCCCAGUCUAUUCACCAAUUAAAGGCUGCUAUUGACAAUCAAGUUCGGCUAAUUGAUCAAUGUCUUGCUUUGCACGAAGAACUUUGUCCAGCUGAAAUGCUGCCAUUCCACGAAACAUUGGUUCGCUUCUUCCGCAAGAACUUCCAUGAUGAGAUUCAACCCAAACCACAAACCACUUCCCGCACGCUCCUACGGUUACUACCGCCAACCACCAUGAUGGUGUAUCGUCAAUGUAUCCCAAACGAUCCGAUUCCAUUGCUGGUCGUCCUUCGUUCUCCCACUACCUCGCCAAACGUGGACAUGUUGGGGCACCUUCCGUCAGCCUCUCUAUUCCUAUUUCACUUUCCUUCACUGCGUGAGAGGAUUGCGUCUCCGACGGAACAACCGCUCGUGGGGUCGCCACCUACGCCUACCCAUGCAACCGCCGUGUCACCUACGAGCACUCACCUCACACCACUACAGCGGAAUAUUGCCCACUUGAAUAAGUAUGGCUUGUCUGCCCCAGGAGCCUAUGGGCAGAAUGGCCAGACUAAUCAGCCGCCUGCUUCUCCUGAUGCAACAUCUAUUGGCUCCCUCGUUAACGUAGGUGUUGGAGCGCCGGGCCGGACUCAUAGUGUUCGUGACACCAGCUCAGUAUUCUCUAACCGAACCAAAGAGAGGCUAUCUCGUUUGGGAAGUCUAGGAUGGAUGAAAAGGGACGCUUGA